AUGGCCCUCUUCUCCACCCUCAGGCUGUCAACAAGACGCGCCUUUUCCACUGCCAACCAUGCUGUCAUUUCCACCUUUGAUCUCUUCAGCAUCGGCGUCGGGCCCUCGUCUUCGCACACCGUCGGUCCCAUGCGCGCCGCCAAUAUCUUUAUCACUGACCUCAAGGACCUCGAUUUGCUUCACAAGGUCCAGACAGUCAAGAUCAACCUGUACGGCUCACUAGCCGCGACAGGUGCUCAUCACACCCCACAAGCUAUCCUUCUCGGCCUAGAAGGUUCUGAUCCAGAGACCAUCGACACCGGCACCAUCCCAGCCCGCUACCAAGGCAUCCUGCAGAACAAGACCCUCUUUCUCGCAGGUCACCACCGCAUCUCGUAUGACAUGGACCGCGACAUGCUUUGGCGCUGGGACCAGGUCCUCAAGACCCACCCCAACGGCAUGCGCUUCAGCGCCUUUGAUCACAACGGUGAUCUCGUCGCCACCAACGAGUACUUUAGCGUUGGAGGCGGCUUUGUCGUCAAUGAAAAGACAAAGGUCGACGAGAAUCUGUUUUACAAGGGCGUCGACAAGAAAAAGGUCCAUGGCGCGCGUUUGCAUCAGACCCACUUGAUUGCUGAGCCAGACACUCCUGUACCUGAUUCGGACGUUGCGGAUUUUAAUGUCGCUGGUACUGAGACUGUAGAGAUAGAGGAUGGACAACCCCCGUACCCAUUUGACAGCGGCAACUCGCUGCUCGCCUUGACCAAGAAACAUAACAUGACGAUUGCCCAAAUCGUGCACGAUAACGAGAAACACUUUGGAUACACCGACGAGGACAUCCAAAACAAGAUUAUGAGGAUCUGGCAAGUCAUGGACGAGUGCAUCCGCACAGGCGUCUCGACGUCCGAGACGACCCUCCCGGGCCGCCUUGGACUUAGAAGGCGCGCACCCAUGCUGUACAGGCGGUUGAUGCGCGGUUUUUAUCCGGGUGUGUCUGCGCCGAUGAACGAGAACCCCAAGAUUGCGGGUGGGGAUGCGUGGGCAAAGGUAAAGGCGGGUGCGGAGGCUAUUGGGGGUCCUGCGGCUGAGAAACAUGCGCAGGAGGAGGCAGACAAGGAGAUGGCGAGGAUUAGGGCGGCUGUGGGUGUUGAGGAUUCGGAGUUGGGCCUCGGUAACGGGAAUGGGAAGUCGUACGGUGCCAAUAUGGGCGGUGGUGGCUUCAAGGGCGCGCGAGAAGUAAAAUCGCAGCGUGCGACAGCGCCUCCUAGGGUCACUGGAUCGUUUGAUCAUGCGAUUUUGCCUAUGCCUCCUCGAAGGACCGUUAUUCCCGCGAUGGAUUUUCUGUCAUGUUAUGCGAUCGCCGUUAAUGAAGUUAAUGCCUCCGGAGGCCGCAUCGUCACGUCCCCGACGAAUGGGGCUGCGGGUGUCAUCCCGGCGGUGUUGAAGUAUAUCGUCGAGGCGAUUGGAAUGCUGUUCAAGAGAGGCAGUACGAUUUCGGCUGCUGAGGGCGGCUGUCAGGCUGAAGUUGGAGUCGCUUGUUCAAUGGCUAGUGCGGGUUUUGCUGCGUGCAUGGGAGCCUUCGUGGGUUGUGCGUCUCCGGAGACUGUACUUCAGGAACGAAACAGUUUGGGAGCCGUGAAGGCUGUCACAGCGGCUCAACUCUCGAUGGCGAGCGAUGGAGUGUAUAGUGUCACGCUGGACGAAGCUAUCGAAGCCAUGCGAGUGACAGCGGCGGACAUGAGUGUCAAGUAUAAGGAAACCAGUCUUUCGGGAUUAGCGUUAAACGGCGAGCAAUUGCGCUUGAGAUAA